AUGUUAUCGCCAACAUCCUCUCAAGUCACGUUAAGGGAGCACGAGAGGAACUCAAAAAAAGAAGAGAUAAAAUGGAGACCUGAUUGGCGAUUGAAGUGCAUCUUUGGCAUCAUUGGCUUAUUGAACUUUGUGACUGCCGUCGAUGCUACAUCUAUAUCCGUUUCGUUGCCACCUAUUUUCUCUCUGGCAUCCGACAUCUUCGGCCGGAAACUUAUUCUCCUCCUCGCCGUAUCGACCUUCAGCAUUGGAUCGAUCCUCGCCGCAAUCUCCCACGGGUUCAAUCUACUCAUCGCAGCCAGAUGCAUCCAAGGUAUCGGAGGCGGAGGCAUCCUAGCUCUCACAGAGAUCCUCAUCGCAGACCUAGUCCCCCUCCGUCAGCGCGGGAAAUGGUUCAGCAUCAAGUUCGAAGCAUCAGCAGUCGGCACCGUAUUUGGUCCCCUGAUCGGUGGAGUAUUCACUCAAUCCUCCGCAUCAUGGCGCUGGAUACUCUGGUUCAACCUUCCCUUCUGCGGCCUGGGUCUUAUCCUCAUCCCGAUCCUACUGAAACUCGAAAGAAACCCCGUCUCUAUCCGCCAAUCACUAGCUAAAGUCGACUACUCCGGCUCUUUCCUUUUCGUUGCGUCUCUCACCUCAUUCCUUAUCCCAAUCACUUGGGGCGGCAUAAUGUUCUCCUGGUCCUCAUGGCACACCCUCGUUCCGCUUAUCCUAGGCCUAGCUGGCCUCCUCGGAUUCUGUGUUUACGAAGCAUACGUUGCAGCCCAGCCCCUCAUUCCAUCAGGUGUCUUCAGCAACGCCACAAUGUGUCUAUGCUACUUCGGGAUCUUCCUCCACGGCCUCAUUCUCUGGGCCAUCGUCUACUAUCUACCCCUAUACUAUGAAGGUUCACUGGGCUAUAGCCCUAUCAUUGCCGGUGUGGCCGUCUUUCCCGAAUGUCUCACCGUCGCGCCCAUCUCCAUCGUGACUACACUGGGUCUAGGUAUUCUCUGCCUCCUCGAUGCAUCGAGUAGUAUUCCGCAAUGGGUCUUCCUCAACCUCGCGGCGGGUAUUGGUUGUGGCAUGCUCUUCCCAUCUGUCCAACUCGCCGUCCAAGCAGCCGCGAAUAAGGAGUUCCUUUCCAUCGCCGUGACGAUGACGGCCUUUUUCCGGGUGCUUGGUCAAUCUGUUGGCGUUGCAGUUGGGGGCGUUGUUUUCCAGAAUAGGAUCCUGGAAAAGUUUGGAAAUCAUCCAGAACUUGGGGCUGAGGUGCUCAAAUAUGCGCAGGAUGCGUCGAGCCUUGUGGAGUAUAUUAAGGCCCUGCCCGUUGGUAGUGCUGCACGGGUUCUUAUUCAGUCGUUAUAUGCGCAGUCAUUGACUACUGUUUGGGCUGUUAUGUGUGGAGUUGCUGGAGUGGGACUUUUCUCCAGCUUGUUUGUGAAAAAGUAUACCCUUAAUCAAUCCUUUAGUUCAAAGCAGGGGGUUCGGAAGGAUGGGGCUCGGGAAUACGUGGGUAUUGGUGGAGCUGAGAAUAAGGUCAAUGUGUGA